AUGGUCAUGAUAGGUUUUACACUGGCUGUGCUUGUUGUUAUUGCUCAUCCAGAUGAUGAGACGCUUUUCUCUGGUUUUCUUCAUGCACUAACACAUAAAUUAAACGCCAGUGUUGAUCUCGUCUGCAUUACUAAUGGGGAAGGUGGCUUCCAACAUUCUGCACCAUCAGAAUCUUUAUAUGGAAGUCUUCAAUUAUCAAAUGAGACUAUCGCGAGACAACAUUUGCCACGAAUACGUAAACAAGAGCUGUUAGGCAGUGGAAAGAUUCUCGGUAUACGCAAAUACUUUUUCUACGAUCAAAUUGAUUUGAAAUACGACCGUGAUGUGGAAAAUGUUUUGUCUAAACAAUGGAAUAAAGAAUUGAUUAUUCAAUUACUUGAACAAACAAUCACGACAGGAAAUGGACAACAAGGCUAUAAUCUAAUGUUGGUUAUGUUACCUAGUGUGCAAUCGCAUGGUCAUCAUACUGCAUCGGGUCUUUUAGCAUUAGAAACGAUUAAACGUCUUCGAGAUAAACAAUUGGACGAAAUGAAACUUCCAAUUGUUAUUGGAGGAUCAGAAUUUGUGUUAAGCGAUCGGCCGAUUUAUUCAUUGAACUCUUUAGCGGAAACGUCAGCAGAAUUUCGCUUCUAUCGCAAAUGGAAGUUAAGCAGUUCAAGUGAGAUUUCCGAUUAUCAAAUGAUUGUUCUUUGGGUGUGUGGCGAACAUAAAUCCCAAGGAGGACUUAUUGCUGAAACAUUAACUCUAUUGGCACGAGACAACGAACAAUACUUUUACUUUACACUCAAUAACAAUACACAAAAGUUUCGAAUGAUUAACACUUUAUUUAAGCAAUUGACUGAUAUGCAUGAUUAUGAUAGCGGAAACAUGCUUUAG